AUGGCGGCGUCCUCGUUGGAGCAGAAACUGUCCCGCUUGGAGGCCAAGCUGAAGCAGGAGAACAGAGAGGCCCGUAGACGAAUCGACCUCAAUUUGGACAUCAGUCCUGCUCGGGCUCGGCCUAUUAUUGUGAUCACUCUAAGCCCUGCUCCCGCUCCAUCCCAACGUGCAGCAUUGCAGCUUCCCUUAGCCAAUGAUGGCAGCAGCCGUUCCUCCUCUUUGGAGAACUCACCCCAGCAUCACACUCACCCAUCACGUCCCCGAAACAUGCUAGGCCUGCCUCCUCAGCCACCAUUCCUCAUGCACAGGAGCAUGGAGAGUAUAGAGAUCGAUCAGAAACUACAGGAAAUUAUGAAGCAGACGGGUUACUUGACCAUCGGAGGGCAGAGAUACCAGGCAGAAAUCAAUGACCUAGAAAACCUAGGUGAGAUUGGAAGUGGGACAUGUGGACAGGUCUGGAAAAUGCGUUUUAAGAAGACAGGCCACAUCAUAGCAGUGAAGCAAAUGCGUCGUUCUGGUAACAAAGAAGAGAACAAGAGGAUUCUAAUGGACUUGGAUGUGGUUCUGAAAAGCCAUGAUUGUCCCUACAUAGUUCAGUGCUUUGGGACAUUCAUCACAAAUACGGAUGUUUUUAUAGCGAUGGAGCUAAUGGGCACAUGUGCAGAGAAACUGAAGAAACGCAUUCAGGGACCUAUCCCUGAGAGGAUCUUGGGAAAGAUGACUGUGGCGAUUGUCAAAGCACUCUACUAUUUGAAAGAGAAGCAUGGUGUCAUUCAUAGAGACGUGAAACCUUCCAAUAUCUUGUUGGAUGAGAGGGGGCAAAUCAAAUUGUGUGACUUCGGAAUCAGUGGAAGGCUGGUGGACUCAAAAGCCAAAACUCGAAGUGCUGGUUGCGCAGCAUAUAUGGCGCCUGAGAGAAUAGACCCCCCUGAUCCCUCAAAACCUGAUUAUGAUAUCCGUGCAGAUGUUUGGAGCCUGGGCAUCUCUCUGGUUGAACUGGCUACAGGUCAGUUUCCUUACAAGAACUGCAAAACAGAUUUUGAGGUCCUCACCAAGGUGUUGCAGGAAGAUCCGCCCCUUCUCCCAAACAACAUGGGAUUUUCUGUUGAUUUCCAGUCAUUUGUGAAAGACUGCCUUACUAAAGAUCACAGGAAGAGACCAAAGUACAACAAGCUACUUGAACACAACUUCAUCAAGCGUUAUGAGACACUGGAAGUGGAUGUGGCAUCCUGGUUCAAAGACGUCAUGGCGAAGACUGAAUCGCCUCGCACAAGCAGCAUCCUCAGCCAGCACCACCUGCCAUUCUUCACCAGGUAGCCAUGCCAUGUGGCUGUUGUGGCCAGGGAAGGUCCCCUCGGCAGCCAGAGCUCACAUGGUGGGGCAAGAGAGAGAGAGAGAGCACCACAACAGCCACCUGUCUUCACAAGAGCAACUCUCCAAUGGCGUGAAUUGUUCGUGCUUCACCUGCUCUAUCAACGUUGCUCAUUUCGUCUUCUCCUUCAGUUUUCCAGGAAGAGAUGAGGUGGUUGUCUGAUCUUUUGGUGUAUUCUAGAGUUAUUUGCGUCUCAGGCACUAGUCAACCCAAGAAUGCGAGGCUGUGGGCAUGGAGGCCUUCUCCAGCCUGUGCUUGUUGUCUGUUUCAGCCGUUGGCCAUCCGCCGCCAGGAGUUGCCACCAAAGGACAGUGUGCUCCCUGUCCGUCUCUGUCCACCAUGACUGGAGUCUCGAGGACAUGCAACAGUGACCUUUGCUCACGCACUGUGAACAGACACAAAACACACAAAAAAGGAAAAAAGAAAAGAUAUUUUUUUUACCGCUUAUUUAUUAAGUUUGGAUUUCUGGUGCCGUGGGAUGCCUGCUGCACCCGUUCACCAAUCUCUGCGUUAUUACAUGUUUGUUUUUGUUUUGUUUUCAUUUGUGUUUGGGGGGGUUCUAUUUGCUGAGGGGACUGGGGCUGGGGUAGAUGAAAUCAGCUGCUGCUUUAGAUUCUGAGCUUAGCUAUUACCGUUGUCUUGGUUUCAUUUUUUUCUUGGGGCUGGCGGGACAGGAAAGGGAAAGUCUGAAGAUUAUUCUCACCCAAGAGUAGCUCAGUUAAAGUGAUUUUUCCAUCUUCAAUCCUUUUUUUAUCUCAGGGGUUCCUAUUCUUUUGUUUUGAGUGUGAACAAAGUUUUGUCAAUGGUGUUUUAUUUACCAAAGUAUGUGUUUGAUGCUAGGAUAAAUGCUUCUUCAUUUUCUUGCAUAUUUAAGAAAAGGGAAAGCAAAUUUUAAAGAUAAUCUUGGCAUCAAGAAAGCCAUUUUAAAGAAAGAUUCAGCCCAAAUUAUAUCUUACUGCUGUGGCUUAGGGAUUCUUUAAACAGUUCUUUUUUCAAAAGUAUCAAAUGUAUGCCCUUUCUGAAUUUACUGGGCUAGAUUCUUAACUGGUAAUGGUUGUGCAUUUCCAGUUGAGGAAUAGACAGUUUGUUGUUUGGAAACUACCAGCUAGAAUCUGCACUGUCUCUUUAGAUCCUCAAAUUGUGUGGAUUCUUGCAGGUGGGAUCUUAAACACAGGGGUCAGAACCUUCCUCCAUCCUAUUUGGUUUCACACUAUGGCUUCUUUUCCACUAAUAUUUUUCGCAAGAUCCACUCACUUAUAAUUCAAAGGUGUCUCUUAAACAGAGAGGUAUUUCCAGAUAGUUAGGGGCUGUGGCGUGGAAACUGGUAUGUUCUUGUCCAGAACACUGAUAGUGUGUGACCUUUAAUUGCUAUUGGUGGCCAGAAUUCUUGGGGAUUGAGUCCUAAUUUUCUUCUUGAGUCAAGACUCCUAGUAACAUCUGCAGUUCUUCAGAUAAUCCAGAGGCUAACAUGGAACACUGAAAUUCUGUGUGUUAGUCUGAAGAUGAGCCUUCUGCUUUCUCUUGCUAGCAAAAGUUCGAAAAUGUUGCUGUUUGCACAAUAUCUGGAUUAGUAUUAUGACCUGGACAGGAAAAGACCUCUGUAUAGUGACUUAUUGUGCUAGUACACUUGCUCCUGGAUAUUAUGCUGAGGACUAUACUUGCAUAUUAAAUGUAUAGAUGAUCAUUAUAAACUCAAUUUUAUAAAUCGGAACAAAAUGAAAGAUGUUACAAAAGCUUAAGACCUAGGCCAAGUAUUGCAUAGGAAAGGAGCUGCAAUUGUGGCCCUUGAUGAGCCAAAGAUAUCUGUGUGGUACCAAUUGCUAAGUCAACAAAAUAUCCCAUCUAAACAUUUGUCUAGGUUCUGACUGUUUCCAUGAGGUGCUUUUGUAAUUUAUAGGAACAAGGGAGUCAGCGUUAGGCAGCAACAAUGAUAGACAUAGUAGAGAGGAAGAACUAGGUGUCAUAUAAUCCAGGGUUAGGUGCAAGUGUCAAAAAGGCAGGUCAGGGCAGAGCUUUCAGAAUGAGAAGAUGGUGUUUUGUCUUAAUGGAAAAUAGGUGGGUAACAUGGGUGGAUGCUGUGAUUGUAGUGGUUUUGAAAAUGGGUUGUUGCUCCUGAAGGAUGCUGAUGCUGAUGAGGUAGAGUGUUGUUUAUGCAAAAUAGAGGUCUUCAGUCCAGAUGACUGGGUUGUGGUUAUGGCAUAGUUUAGAGUUCCAUUUCUGUGCUGAUCUCAUCUCUGGCUAUUAACGUGAAUCAUAAUUUUUAAGGAGAUGAGAAAUGUCUAUUUAUCACACACACAUAUAUUGUAAGGGAAGUGGGUUUGUGUUAAGAAGGCAAGCACACUUUUCAGUUAUAUUUUAUGAAGAGAGAUCUGUUGUAGGAGAGAAGAUGGUAAGUGGAAGGCUGAUGAAAAUACCGUGUUUCCCCAAAAAUAAGACAAAGUCUUAUAUUAAUUUUUGCUCUGAAAAACACAUUAGGGCUUAUU